CACACCAUGGUCACGCAUUAAUUCAUGCACACACUAGCACCAUGGACUUUUAACAAGAGCACUGAUAAUUUACAUAAUGCUGACACUCAGAGACAAGGCCACCAACCCUUUGAAUAAAGCUACUGACUGGGAUAGUAUCCAGAGCUUCUGUGAUCAGCUGAACAAUGAACCAGAAGGUCCACAGCUUGCAACCAGACUUUUGGCCCAUAAAAUCCAGUCACCCCAGGAGUGGGAGGCUAUGCAGGCACUCAUGGUUCUUGAGACAUGCAUGAAAAACUGUGGAAAGAGAUUUCACACAGAGGUGGGAAAGUUUCGCUUUCUCAAUGAGCUCAUCAAGGUGGUCUCACCCAAGUAUUUGGGUGCCCGAGCGCCUGAGCCAGUGAAGAAGAAAGUUUUAGAAAUGGUGUACAGCUGGACAGUGAAUCUGCCUGAUGAAACCAAGAUAGCAGAGGCCUAUCAUAUGCUGAAAAAACAGGGCAUUGUCAAGCUGGAUCCUGUGCUUCCUGAGGACAAGCCCCAUGCACAAACUCCACCCAGAGCCAAAAGUGCCAUCUUUGAAGAUGAGGAGAAAUCCAAGAUGUUGUCUCGCUUAUUGAACAGCACUCACCCUGAGGAUUUAAGAGCAGCAAACAAGCUCAUUAAGGAAAUGGUCCAGGAGGACCAAAAGCGUGUGGAGAAAGUAUCAAAGCGGGUAAAUGCCAUCCAGGAGGUGAAAGAAAGUGUGAGCCUGCUGAGCCAGCUGCUAGAGGGCUACAACAAAGAGAGCUGCUCCCAGAGCAACCAGGAACUCAUCAAAGAUCUUUACCAGCGCUGUGAAAAGAUGAGACCGACCCUAUUCAGACUGGCAAGUGACACAGAGGACAGUGAUGAAGCUUUGGCGGAUAUUUUACAAGCCAACGACAGCCUGACACAGGUCAUCAACCUGUACAGACAGCUGGUAAAGGGAGAAGAUGUUUCAAAAGAUGGCAUAACCACGACCUCACAACCUGCCAGCAGUAGUUCAGCUCUUGUUGACUUGAUGGGGCUCAACACAUCAGCCAGCACAGCACCAUCCAACCCAGAGCCCUCCAACUUACAGACCCUGACUCAGAACGUGGGCAUCAGCCUUCUGGAUGAUGAGCUCAUGUCGCUGGGGCUAAAUUCAACAGAAAACUGUGACUUCCAGAACACCUUUCAAAUGCAAACUUCUGCUGAUGGCAUAGAAUCAUCGGCUCCAUCACUCCCUGCUGCGGUGUUGCUACCAGCUCUGGUCCAAACAACCCAGGCUCCACCAGCAGGGGGCCCUGUCGCUCCUAGUAAACCCAUGGAGGAGUUGGACUUAUUAGGGAAGACCUUGUUGCAGCAGUCCCUACCCCCAGAGAGCCAACAGGUCAAAUGGGAUAAGCUCCAAACUCAAUCCAGAGUAACCUUACGAGAUUUGCAGAAAUCCAGUGCCAACUCUAAACCUGCCACUAAUCCGAACACCACCUCCUCUGGUCCUACUCCCUCUCCAGUGCCAACAUCCAGCCUGGCCACCCAGCUAGAGCAGCCUGACUCUCUCCUCCUAUCCAAUCUCAGUGUCACAGCUGCAGAGAAAGGCACUCUGACUUCUGCUGAUCCCUAUGAAAACAUCUCUCUAGCUGACGUUACUGUGCCUCUGGAAAAAAUAAAACCUAGCAGCUUAUUACCAGUCACUGUAUUCGACAAACACAGUCUACGGGUUUUGUUCACCUUUGCCCGUGACUGCCCUCCAUCUCGGCCGGAUGUGUUGGUGGUGAUCAUCUCCAUGCUGUCCUCGGCUCCCAUACCUGUCACCAACAUCCGCUUUCAGGCAGCAGUACCAAAAGUGAUGAAAGUAAAGCUGCAGCCUCCUUCUAGCACUGAGCUCCCAGCCUUUAAUCCCAUCCUGCCUCCAGCAGCCAUCACACAGAUCCUCCUGUUGGCUAACCCUCACAAGGAAAAAGUACGUUUACGGUACAAGCUUACAUUCAACUUGGGGGACAAAUAUUAUGAUGAGUCUGGCGAUGUGGACCAGUUCCCCCCUCCUAACACCUGGGGAAACCUUUAGUGGGAAAGACCAACCUGCUGUCAUUUGAUCUGCUGCUGUUUCCCCAAUUUUAGGUUGAAAUUAUUCCUUGUUGCUGGCUUGAGGCUGGAUAGCCUCACUCCACUCAGACUCUAGUAUGAUAACACAAACUGAAGAGAGACUUGUGGGAACCAGCUUCUAUCUUGUGCCUUCCUUUCAGCCUUCUUCUCCUUAUUCAAUCAUCUCUGUGUUCAUGUGUUCAACGUCUACCUUUUCUACAACAAUAAGUCCAACAUAAAACUUUAAAAAUAAGCUGAUGGAUAAAUUAGUUCAAAGCAGUAAACCUUAAGGAAACAGUUGAGCCAUUUAAAAACUGAAUGUGUGCAUUAUUCAUUUAAACUACAAGAUACAGCCGUUGUCAUGCACUGUUUCCCUUUUUAUAUAAUAACCCUUGCAGUGUGAGGAAAAACAUCACAUACUUAAAGUUUGCCAGCAAGGGAAUGAUCCGAUUGGGGUUGAAACAUAUUGUUUUCUUUGUCUUGUCAAUAAUUCAAGCCUAAAGCUGAUUAAAUGCUUAAAGGGAUCUUUUGACCUUGUUUACAGUAUGGAAAAUGGCCAAAACGGCUUGUUUUUAAUGGGAACAGAUUUGAGUAUAGAAAAUUGAAGGAGUUGUUUGUAUUUUACCUGAUGAAUAAUAGAUUUUAAAUUCUUUUCCUAUCAAAUACUGAAUGAACCUCAUUGUUGGAAAAGUUCAGAGAUUUAAUUGUCAAAUAGCAAUUAGCAGAAAUCCUUCACUGUACCCAACUGUGUUUCUUUGGCCAAACACUAUGGUUCUCAAUGUUAUUGUAAAUCUGUGUAAAUCAUUGUACUUUCUCUUUUAUCCAAUGGAGAAGGUGCACAGAAAAAAGAAUGAAAAUGCUGUGAGUGGAAUAACAGAAAGAGACUUGAGAUAAUUGCAGCGGUAGCAACCAAUACAUAAUGAACUGCACACAGUCUUUUACGUGUUGUCUCAGUUGUAAUACUGUGUGGUAUUGUGGAAAGUUGUAGCAGGGCAGUGCAUGUGUCUAAGAUGUAACCAGUUUUUUUUUCCACAGUGCAUGUUUUGACUUGCCAGAAAAAACACAAGGUUACUAAUACUGGUGAAGAGCCAUUUUGUUCUCUUCAAAUGUGACAACGAGCCAACUUGACCUAUGAAUGACAGGACCCUCAAACUGUAGCAGCUAAGUUAGUCCAGCCAUCAUUCAUAUCAUUAUCUACACCUCUGCUUUUCGUGUGUCAAUGUGUUGAUCUGUCGAAAGACUGUAAAGAAGGGCACUUAAUCUCUCCCUUGUUAAAAUAUGAAAUGCACCCUUUAAUUUCUGCACUUUCCUUUGUCUCCUAAUGUUUGGGCACUUUUUUCUACUUUUCACUCAGGAUUUUGUUUUUACAGUUAUUUAAUGUGACUUGCAUAUGCAUACUUUGUUUAGACAGUGCACAUUCACUUUUUACAAUACAUUGUCCCAUUUUCA